AUGGACACUCCGGAGAGGAAUCAGAUCGGCACGACGGCGGCCCCUAAAUUUGAGGAUUCCCCAGUUUUCAACUACAUCAAUAAUCUUUCUCCGAUUCAACCUGUCAAGUCCAUACAUACUGCACAGACCUUCAACUCUCUUAGUUUUUCAUCCCUUCCAUCGGUUUUUACUUCGCCGCAUACCAGUUCUUACAAGGAAUCUAGAUUCUUAAGAAGGCGCUGUUAUUCAGAUCUAUCAAAACCAGACUUUUCUUCUGAAAAUGGGAAUAAAGGUGUUACAGGGAAUGUGGAUGAAUUGCAGGUUAACUCUAGUGCACCAGAUGACAAAUCUGAAUCAUCUACCAAGCUGUCUUCUGAGCCACAAGCGUUGAAGAGCCAUUCUUCUCGUCCAGAUUGUGACCGACCGCUACCUGAUAGUGACGACCGAGCUGUAAGUGACCCUUGUGUUGAAAAUAACUCCGGAAGUGGAUCAUCUGAAGCUGAAGGGAAUAGGCUGGUGGUCAGCCAAACUGAAGAAAAAGAGGGGACAAGUUAUGACUGGGAAAGUUUAAUUACUGAAGGCGCUGAUAUUUUGAUAUUCAGCUCCCCCAAUGGCUCAGAGGCUAUCAGACUUGUUCAGAAACCAUCAAGCACCUUGGCUCAGAUGAUGGAAAAUGACGAUGCCAAUCUGUCAAGAAUGAGAAUUGCUGAUCCAAUAGAAUCUAGUGGUGGACAGCAUGAAAUAGAGUUUUCGUCGUCUCGAGCUGGAGAGGGUUGUGAACUAAAAGAUAUGGACCAGGCAAUAGAUGAUGGCAUUUCCUUUCCAAUUUCAAGUGACUCUAUGAGUAGGGAAAUAACAGAUGAAGAGGUGGCUAGAUAUAUAGCAGAUGAUUGUAUGCCGGUAUCUAAUUUGCAUCGGGGUAUGCGGAGGCGCUGUCUGGACUUCGAGGCUGUAGUCAGUCGAAGAAAAAACAUGGAAGAUGGUUCAAAUGGUUGUUCUGUGUCGACGCAUCCAGAAGAGAAGACGACAUCCAUGGAUAAACAACUUGUUCCUUAUAAAUCUGGUGGUGUUGUUACUCGAUACGUUUUAACUGGAAUAGGCUUACACUUGAAUGCUUUGGCAACAACUUCAAAGGAUGCCAAAAAUCUCAAUCAUGAAAGGUUCUCAUCUGAGAGGCAACUGAACUUGCCUAAUUCAGGUGGUUCGUGUCAUUCGUCUUCAACUGGUCUGGAUCCGCUCUCGACUUCGAUUGUUACCGAACAAGACAUGGAUCCUUCAGGGAGUGGGGUUCAAAGUGAGGAAGAUGCUGCUAUGGCUUCUGCAUAUGUGCUUGCUGAUGAUUUCAAUCAAAAUAGUCCCAAAAGGAAGAGGCGUAGGUUGGAACACGCUGGAGAAACUGAGUUAUCAUGCAAACGCUGUAAUUGUAAAAAGUCUAAGUGUUUAAAACUUUACUGUGAAUGCUUUGCAGCAGGAGUUUACUGCAUUGAGCCAUGUUCAUGUCAAGAUUGCUUUAACAAACCUAUUCAUGAAGAUACUGUUCUUGCAACUCGUAAGCAGAUUGAAUCUCGCAAUCCGCUCGCAUUUGCUCCCAAAGUGAUCAGGAACUCGGAUUCUCUUCCAGAACCCGGGGAUGAAUCUAACAAAACCCCAGCAUCUGCACGCCAUAAAAGAGGAUGCAACUGCAAGAAGUCUAAUUGCCUUAAGAGAUAUUGUGAAUGCUAUCAGGGUGGUGUUGGAUGCUCCAUCAGUUGCAGAUGUGAGGGGUGUAAAAAUGCAUUUGGAAGAAAGGAUGGGUCUUCUCUUUUGGGACUAGAAACUGAACUAGAAGAAGAAGAAACAGAAGCAAACCAAAUGAGUGUAAUGGACAAAGCCUUGCAAGGCCCUGAAAUCCAGAACAAUGAAGAGCAGAACCCAGGUUCUGCUAUUCCCUCAACUCCAUUACAACUUCCCAGGCAAUUGGUUCCCCUGCCAUUCUCUGCUAGGAGCAACCCACUGCGUUCUUCUUUUCUAAACGUCGGAUCCUCAUCAGGAUUUUAUGCUGGCUACAAACAUGAAAAGCCAAACACUGCGCCCGUUUCGGACGAUGCAAUACCGAACAUUCUUCGUGGCGAUGGCUCUCCUGGUGCAGGCGUGAAGACUGAUUCCCCCAACAGUAUGAGGAUAUCUCCUCCUCAGAGUGACUUCGGCCUAUCGCCAUUGCCACGAACAGGUCGGAAACUGAUAUUGCAGUCUAUUCCAUCUUUCCCUUCUCUCACCCCUCAACACUGAAAAGGGUAAUCUUUUCAAGCAGAGUCUGCUUCAUUUUGGCAAUUAGUUGAAACAUAUGAUGCUGAGUGGUACUCUGUUUGAGCUUUGUAUGAUAAAUAGUGUCCCUAAGCCCAAUGGCAACGCCUGUAGAAAUGAUGGUUGAACCGUUGAUUUAUAUAGAUGUGUAAUUAAUUUGGUU